CAUUUUCUUUGCAGUAUUUAUGUCCACAAACACCUUGUUCUACUUUAUUGGUUAAAUAUGGACUAGUUUUUAUGUUGGGUAGUUCAAUCUUUCAGAAAGAAAAGUUAGCUCAUCUGGUCGAGGAGUCGGGGCCGAGGCCCCCUCCAGCCCUUCCCUGUCUCCACCCCUGGUCGCGGCACCGGUUGUUGUAAUGAGUGUGGUUGAUCGUCGUUUGCUUUCUGCUAGGUUUCUUCGAUUUGAAGUUUCGUCCGUCGCCGGUUUUGGAGGUGAGAGCAGGUUCGGAGUUUCUGGCAAAAGGUUAAAGCAACAGUUUUGCGGAAAGUUUCGUGGACAAGUACAUGAAGAUGGCGAUUGGGGCAGAGGAAGAAGAACCGGAUCUAGAUGAAGCUGAUGUUGAGGUUGUGACGGAUGAGCGGCGGGCGCGUCCUCCUCCUGAGCCGCUGCCAUGGAGUGCAAGCAAAUCUAGGGUUUGGAAGAAGAUGAGUGAACUCUAUUUUAAUUCAGUUUUAUUCAGUUUGUGUUUUUCUGACGAAUUGCAUGUUGUUUUGGACGUGUUCCUUUUUCCUAGCAGAGAUAUUCUUGAAUUUAGGUUAAGUGAUGAGAAGUUUGGUUUGUCAGUCAUUGACUCAGUUAAGCUCAUUACAGGAUCAGCGAAUGUUAUUGCUUCUACAAAGACUUUUUAUCACUAUGUUUACCUCUUUUUCUUUGAUUGUAUUAUCA